AUGACUUGGCGGCAAUUCCUGAACGAGGCUCUGAAAAAGUCUCAUGGCUUGUUUGGAGAGGGUUGUGAGUAUUAUUUUUUGAAUCAGGACAUGCACCUAGCUUAUCUCAAAGUUUUUCUGAAGGAUGCAGCUUUGUUCUCAUCAGCUAUUGCUACUUUCAUAUCUUCCGAUGGGUUAGUGGGAAUGCCGAUGGUGGCGUUAAUACUCCAAAGUACCAAUGACGCCCGACAGCUCCAAAUAACAGAGGAUGACCUUCUUUGGCACGGAAGAGUUAUUGACGAUGAAACGGAAGAUGACUUGAAAUCUUAA